AUGCUCAUAGACGCAGCGCCAGAGAUAAAGACCACAAAGUACGAGGUGCCGACGUUCAGCCCCGGAUUUGUGGUCGACGGCGUCAUCAGCACGGAAGACUGCCAGCAGCUAGUUCAGCUCUGUGAAGACAUCGGCUUCCGCACUCGCUGGAGCCAGGUUGGCGCGGUGACUCUUUACAUGCCCGAGCAGUUCUCCAAUCACAUUUUCGAGAGGCUGAAGCCCUUCUUGCCGGAUCACUUCGGCGGCCGACCCAUUGGGAUCCAGCGCCGAUGGGCUGUGCUCAAGUACGAGAAGGGACAGUACCUCAACCCACACAUCGACGGGCACACGCCAGGUACUGUCCGAAUAGGAGAUGAGUUGCAAAAAGAGACGGGGACACGUUCUUACAUGUCCUGCCUUUUCUGGCUGAGCGACGAUGUGGAAGGAGGUGAGACCGUCUUCACAUAUCCACAGGGCGGGACCUGGGUGGCGAUUCCACCGAAGACUGGUGCCGCCCUCUUGUUCUACCAUGGGCAGAAUGCAGUCAACAACCCCAUGCAUUACGGCGGCGAUGUGAAGUCCGGCAUCAAGUACUUGGUUCGCUCAGACAUCAUUUACCAGACCUGA